AUGUCGCGCUUCAGCCUGCACCGUGUACGACUGCCCGUCCCACGCAAUGCCCCCCGCCGUGGCCUGAAAACCGCUUUCCACGUCCCCGUCUCCGCCGAAGCCCGCCACCGCGCCGCCAAAGAGGUGCGCGUCGAGAAGCUCACGGCGAAAUGGCAGCCGCACUGGGACGAGCUGGCACCCAAAUGGCACGCCAUGCGCCCGCAGGACAAGGGCCCCGCCUACGUCCUGCCCAUGUUCCCGUACCCCUCGGGCACCCUCCACCUGGGCCACCUGCGCGUCUACACCAUCUCCGACGUCCUCGCCCGCUUCAAGCACAUGCAGGGCUACCGCGUGCUGCACCCCAUCGGCUGGGACGCCUUUGGCCUGCCUGCCGAGAACGCCGCCAUCGAGCGCGGCGUGAGCCCCGAGAAGUGGACGCUGCAGAACAUCGACGCCAUGAAGGCCCAGAUGACGGGCAUGGGCGGCCGCUGGGACUGGGACGCUGAGAUUCGCACCUGCGACCCCGCCUUCUACAAGCACACCCAGCGCAUCUUCCUCAUGCUGCAUGAGCGCGGCCUGGCCUACCAGGCAGACUCGCUCGUCAACUACGACCCCGUCGACAAGACGGUCCUCGCCAACGAACAGGUCGACGCCAAUGGCUGCUCGUGGCGCUCGGGCGCAAAGGUCGAGAAGCUCAUGCUGAGGCAGUGGUUCCUGAAGAUCAAGGAGUUCCAGGAGCCUCUGCUCAACGACCUGGAAAAGCUGGCAGAGGACGGCAGGUGGCCCGACAAGGUGCUCGCCAUGCAGAAGAACUGGAUCGGCAAGUCCGAGGGCACCAAGCUGUGCUUCGAUAUCAAAUCCACAGACGACGUCCAAUUCGAGCCGGUCGACGUCUUCACCACCAGAGCAGACACCCUCUUCGGCGUGCAAUACAUCGCCCUGUCGCUCACUCAUCCCAUCACGCGGGCAGCUGCAGAACACGACGAGUCGCUCCGCGCAUUCAUCGACCGCGCAAAGACCCUGCCCCCUGAUACCAAGGAAGGCUAUCUGCUGCCAAACAUCACCGCCCAGAACCCAGUCUCCGACAUCACCGAACUAUGUUCUUCUCCUGUACCUGUUUAUGUCGCCCCGUAUGUCCUCGACGACUACGGCUCCGGUGCGGUCAUGGGCGUGCCGGGCCACGACACCCGCGACCACGCCUUUUGGCGGACAAACGCCGGCACUUCACCCAUGGAGGUUGUCAUCACCCGCAAAAAAGACGAGAUUGUAAAGUUCCAAGACAGCCAAGACAAUCCCAUGUUGGAAAAGGGCUUCGUCGCACCAGAGAUAGACGGAUUCGGAGGCCUUCCCUCGGACGAGGCCGCACGCAGUAUCGUCGACAAACUCCGGGAAGCUGGAAAACGCGCCGAAACAACAACGAAUUGGCGACUGCGGGACUGGCUCAUCAGUCGCCAACGCUACUGGGGCACGCCUAUACCCAUCGUCCACUGUGGCGACUGCGGUCCCGUGCCUGUGCCUGAACAAGACCUGCCAGUCAAGCUACCCAUUCUGCCAGCCGCCUUCUUCCAAGGCAGCAAGGGCAACCCCUUGGCUGAAAACAAGACGUGGAAGAAAACUACCUGCCCCAAGUGUGGAUCGGCUGCUGAGCGCGAGACUGACACCAUGGACACGUUCAUGGACUCGUCCUGGUACUUUUUCAGGUUCCUAGAUCCGAAGAACAAGACUGCGCUGAUGGAUCCCGCCAAAGCAAACGACGGCAUGCCCGUGGAUGUCUACGUCGGCGGAGUGGAGCAUGCCAUCCUGCAUCUGCUGUAUGCUCGCUUCAUCUCAAAGUUCCUCGCUACAACACCUUCCUGGCCAGAGGGAAAUCUGGUCAACGGUGAGCCGUUCAAGCAGCUAAUCACGCAAGGAAUGGUACACGGGAAAACCUUUACCGACCCAGAGAAUGGACGAUUCUUGCGUCCUGAUGAAGUCAACCGGGCCGACCCCUCCAAACCACUCAUCAAAGCGAGCGGCCUUCCUCCCAACGUCAGUUUCGAGAAAAUGUCAAAGAGCAAGUACAACGGCGUCGACCCCGGAGCCACAAUCGCAAAGUACGGCGCUGAUGCCACGCGAGCACACAUGCUGUUCCAGGCACCCGUCAGUGAGGUCCUGGAGUGGGACGAGAAGAAAAUCACCGGUGUCCAGCGCUGGCUGCAACGCGUCAUCCGACUCUCCAGCGCAUUCUGGUGGCCCGACCAAGAGCUAGCCCGGUUCAAGUGCAGCACCCCCACAGACCCAGACGAGACUCUCGUCACCAUCCUACAGCGCGAGUCCCUCGACGUCAAGGGGGAAUUCACAAAAACAGAAGACGCCGUCAUCAACGCCCUGCUCCCCAUCGAGGCCCACCUCUGGACCAAAACCCAGCAAACAAUCGCCAGCGUAACAGACUCGUACUCGAAAACCCACUCCCUCAACACCGUCAUCAGCGACCUCAUGACGCUCACAAACACAAUCUGGGACGCGCCGCACGUCUCCGCCACAACCCCGCUCCUCAAAUGGUACGCAAUGCUGCACCUGAUCCGCAUGCUGGCCCCCAUCGCCCCCGGCGUCGGAGAAGAAGCCUGGGACCGCCUCGCCUCAAACACCACCCCGCGCGGCCACAAAUUCCAAACCCGCCUCUCCGUCUUCGCUACCGGCUUCCCCACCCCGGACCUCGAUAUCCUCGCUAAAAUCAACGUUACGGUUCGAUGCGUCAUCCAGCUCAACGGUAAGCGCAAGUUCGAUACCGAUAUCCUCAAGAUGCCCGAGAGCAUCAAGGCGGCGAGCAAGCGCCCGGUCGCCGAGCAGUGGGUGCUGCAGCAGCUGCUUGACUCGGAGGAGGGGCACGAGUGGCUGGAUAGGAAGACGGGGCGGAUUUGGAGGGCCGGCGCGUCGAAGGAGGAUGCUGCUGCUCAUGCUGCUGGUGCUGAUGCUGAGGAGGAGGAUAUGGAGGAACAAAAGUAUACCAUCCCCAGGGGCUGGAAACUUGUCAUUGUCAAUGGAGGCAAGUUGGUCAAUUUCGUCUCGAAGAAGGAGAAGGUGGAGGAGGAGGUGGAGGUUGAUGAUACGUGGGCGGAGGUCGACCGCAAACAGGCGGAGAAGAGACAUCCGUCUGUGCCGUUGGCGUGGCUGGGGUUGAUGGGGAAAAAUAAAAAGAAGUAG